AUGGCUGCUGACUUUGUUGGGGACAUCUUGGAUGAAGUGGCUUUAGAAGGGUUGGAUGGGACAACUCUAAACACAUUAUGGAUACGACUUAAAGACCGGCCCAACUUUGCUUUCAAAAUAGAUGACAAAUCUAAACAUUAUGUUUGGAACAUUAUCGUAGUUCAAGACCAGAUUGAAUUCUAUGAACUUCCAUCCCCUCGCCUGCCACUUGUCACCAUCAACCACUUUGAUUACCAAGACCCAGCCACAGGUCAGUGGAUUGAAGCAGCUAAAAUUGUUGACUGCUACCCUAUAGAAGUUGUGAAGGAUGAUCCAAAUGUACAAGGAUCAUGUUUGACUUACAAUACUCGGGUGAAUAUCACCCAUCAAAUUCGAACUGCUGACUACCAACUGAUAUGCUCACUGGAAGAGGCCGAAAAUCUUUGGGGCGAGAAGCUGGUUAUUGUGGCUUCUCAAAAUUUACGCAGCAUGUCUCUUUUUGGACCUGACAGAGAUCCAAACAUGCGGCUUCUUGAUUUGCCCUACUGCAUCUUGGAGAGAAUUGGGCGUUCACGUUAUAUUGGCGAACUGACUCGUGGUCAUAACAGCUUGGCUGUGUUCAGUGACUCUCCAAAACUGAUGUUUCACUAUUUCAAGCUACUCAUUCGGUUGUCAUUGGUCCGCAAACAAGUGUUUGCAAUGACUAAUGUUGUCAACAAACAAGUGCACACUCGGCUGUUACACCUGCCUCGUUUUUACUCAGAAAAGAAGUCUCGCUACAUGGUUCUCUUGGAACGUCUUACCAGCUACUUGAAGACAAAAUAUAAUCACCAGGAAGAGGUAGCAAUCUGCAAGGAAGAAAUUGGAAUUGAUGACCAGUCCUUCAAGAAGCUGUGUCGGGCCUCUACUCGGUAUGUGCGGAUUUUCAGCUUAAACUAUAGAGACGUCUACCCGGAUAUGGAGGUCAUUGAGAGUUCCAAAAACAAGAAAAAUAAGGAGAAGACUGUCCGAGUUAUCCAGAUGAUCCGUGAGUACGGCGUGGAAGAGGAUGAUGAUGAGGAAGAUAUUGAAAGUGAUGAAGAUGGUGAUGAAGAUGUGGUCAAGAAUAGUGAUGAUAAAAAGAACAAGAUUGAUCCGAUUAAUCUCCUGUGGGAACGUCCAUUUAUUCAGCAAGCAAAUGAUUUGCUGGAGUGUGCAGGACCUGGUGGUAUGUCUCUGAAAGACAUGAUGAAAUGUAUGAACAUUUCUACGUUUGAGAGCCGCAGUGUUCUCAAAUAUCUCACUCGAACCAAAGCUUCACAUUCUGUCAUGCUGGAUGUUGGUCGGCAGCGUAAAGCCAUGUACAUAUCUUAUAAAUAUGCCAACACCAGCAAACUGCACAUGGACUUGGAGAAAGAGAAGCAUAAGAUGCAGCAGUUAAUUAAAUCUGCCCCCAAACUUCCAACAAAGACUGCAUCUAACCAACAAGAUGCACAGGGUAACACUGCAAAUUCAGCUGUAUCACAAACUUCAGGUCAGCAAAGUGGCAACUCUUCUCUCACAAUGGAUGCAAGUGUUACCUACAGUGAUUCAAUGAUGUCAGAAGAAGAUGACACAAAGAAACCACGACUGACAUCCAAAGUCUUGCAGAGAACCAACUGGAUCAUUGAAGCUGUUCAAGAAGCAAAACUUGUUGACAAGACCUUUGCAUUGAAGAAUAUGAUUCUAAAUAAAGAGAAGGCAAUGGGGGAGUCUACUCAGAUUGAUAAGAAGUCUGUGGAUCGGAUUUUGCGCCGUUUGCAAAAAAAUGGCCAGAUCCGUUUGAUCAAGACCAUCAUAAAAACUGAUAAUAAACAGAAAGAGUUGACAUUCAUCUGUGACCCAAGUAUCAGCCCCGACCAUCAAAUUGUGAAAAGUGCUAUUGAACAGGCGAAGCUAAAAUAUUUUGGUGUUUGCAAAGAACACCUCCGUGAAUCGGAAAGACUGAAGAAUAACAGUCGCUUCUUGAUGAAAGACAUGCCACCAAGUGUUCAGGACAGUGUACGAAAACUCUACGAUCAUCGCAGUAGAAUGAAGGCCUGCGAUAUGCGCUAUGACCCUUCUUACAUGCGAAAAUAUGGAGUGCUUCCAAAGUUUCGCAAAGCAGAGACUGUUCACAAACUUCUCUGGUACCUUGUAUAUGGUGGUGGUAACAGAGUACCGAUUCCUACUGAUCAGAUCCACCAAGAUUCGUCACUUGAAGUCAAGGCCGAUCCUGAUGGUGAUAUAACAAUGACAACAACUAUUGAUACACCCCAGGCACUCAUGCCUGAGAUGGAUGUUGAAGGCAAUGUGGAAUGGAAUAUCAAGUCUACAGAGAGUGUUCCACCUGUUUAUAUAGAUGACAACUCUUGGCGUCGUUUUCUUGCCCCACUACCUCAGCAUUCAGGAUUUCCUCCUGGUUGGUGCCUCAUUAGUGAUGUCCUGCUGCUUCUGCCUUUACAGCUUUUCUGUCAAAUUGUUUCUUUACCAUACAAAAUCAAUGGUUUAAAAGAAUUCCUUGCUGAUCCAGUGAAGCGUUACUAUCCAAUCACCUACCUUCCCUUCAAGCUUACACAACAAUUGCUAUAUGCCAGACGCUACAUCUUCACUUUUUAUGAAGUAUGCACUUUACUCUGCCAGAUGGGUUUGCUCUCAUUUGGUGAUCAAGUUCUCAAGGAGAAAGAUCAAGUAUUUAUUUACCUUCACAAAAAUGCAAAGCUGGUAGACACUAAAAGUUCUGUUGUUGGUUACUGUCAAGUACGUGCUCCCGAGGGACAAACAUUUCCUGUUGAGUCUUACCAUUUGGAUACUUGGGAGGUGGUGGAGAAUUAUUGGUUUUGUUUUCGUGUUACAGCCCUCAAUACACCACUUGGCCGUUACCAUAAAGUUGUUGAUGAAGUGAAAUGGGAAGAGGAACAUGGUGUGGCUCCAGUGGCUUACAGCAUGUCAGAUGCCCAGGCAGCAAAGACUCCAGACACUGUCCAAGAUAAUGGCAGCAUUCCUGGAGAUGGUCUGGGUGCUGCUGGUUUUGAUUCAUCUCUUUUUUGCCACAUUUCUCGUAAUUGGUUCUGGUAUGCAGAAACAAGCCAGUGGAAGAACAUCGUCAAAGAGAAGAAGGUAGAAAAAAAAACUGGAGAGCUAGCAGCACCACUGCACCCGAGCAUCUUUGAAGAGAACUCGCUCAGCCAACGGUUACCCCGUUUGUUUGGGCCAAAGAAUAAGCUAAAUCUGCAGAAACAGUCUGAAAAAGUUAUUCCCGUGGUGAAAAAGGAUUUCAAGCCGGUGAAAGGUGGAAAGGGGAUCAAACGCAAGAUGCCCUUGAAAUCAAAGGUCACAAAGCCGAAGAAGAGGAAGCUGUUAAAUUAUCUAACGCCUAAACUUAAGAAAAGCCGAAAAAGAACUGAGAUUUAUGAUGAACGUGACAAGCUUGCACUGAAGUGCAAGACAAAGGAACGUGUCGUGUGGUCCCCACAGGAGGACAGCUUCCUACUGCUUUGCAAAGUGACCAACCUCUUUUUAGAAAACCGUCGUCCGAAUACUCUUAGUCGAAUGCUUGUCUCUUGGACCAAAAUCAGGGAUUUGCUUAUGGAAAAGUAUCCAGAUUUGGCCAAAGAUAAAACGUCCAAAGCUUGUCAACGAAGGGUUUCUUUUGUUUUGAAAAAUCCUCAGACAGUCCUUAAUGUUUCUGCUUUUCUCCAAGAGGCUCUGCAUGAUUCCAAACUCAUUGAAGACUUUGGCUCCAAGCGAUUCAAAUAUGUCCAAGAUGCAGAAACUGAUAAAAUAUUUGAAGAACUCGUAAACCGCCUUGUAGCAAAAUUCUCUUCAGACAAAUACACACAGCGCUGUGAUUUACCUGAUACUCUUGACCAAUUACACGCCGAUUAUAACCUUACACAAAUUGGUAGGUGGAAGAAAGUCUCUGUCCAUAAAGAUGUCACCAAAGUUGAUGAUAUUUACUCUACCGUCCUACACAAUAUCAUUCAUAGCUAUCUGUCGUUGAACGACAAGCAGGGACGUGCACAUGAAAUGUUCCGACUCUUUAACCAGUACCCCGAAACUCUCCUGAGGCAGGUUUUUGACCAAAUGCGCUCUGACCGCAUUAUCACUCGUAUAAAAAAAGAGAUUAACAAAAGCAAACAGAAGCAGACUGAUUUCUCAUCACUCAACACACACCAAUUGUCACAAAGAUAUUCCUUCCAGUUUGUGAGCAGAUUUCCUCCAAAUUUAUUCCUUGAAAUUUAUGAAAUAGUCCAAAAAAUGGAGUCUGCUUUAGAUGAAGGUUGUAAUGUGUCUGAUGUUCCAAAGGGUGGGUAUGCGGCAUUUGUGGUUUCUGUCGUUGGCCUGCAGCUGGUUAAAUUUAAGGUGAAGAUCCCUGAUAAGAUCAUUGUGCUAGAUCCCGAGGGUCUCAAGUCUAAUCCGAUUGGCCGUGGCAAAGUAGCUGCUUCCAAGGAAUCGGAUGACUAUAAUGACCAGGAGACUUCAUUGAGGAAAGAAUUAGAUCCCAUUGACCAACAAGUUACUACUGAGUCAGUGUUGCAACAAGUUCAGGUGGAAAAGACAUCUGCAGUUUCAAGGUUGCAAAAAUCUGCACAGGCACCAAGUGCCAGCAGUAGCGUUCUCAGCUCUGAAUUGUCUGAAGACAGCACAGAUACAAGUCAAAAGAGCCAGCAGGUAGCAGAACCCCUGGCUGCUGGUACAGACCCUUCUCAACCACUGAUGAUUCGUUCUCAUAAUUUGAAACAAAAGAAAGGCAAAGGGCCUGCAAGUCGUGUGACUCUCUCCCUAGCUAGAUCUGAAAAUAUCACUGGUUUGAAUUUGCGGGAACUAAAUCCGCAAGACAACUUUGUUAUCAACAGCUGUACUGUCAACAUCAGCCUGAUAGAGCCGUUGAUUUCUAAGUUUUCUGGGAGUGUUGAAAGAGGUGCGUCUUUAAUAGCAGCUGCAAAGUCAUCGGGGGAAAUCAUGUGGGUUACAGAAAAGGUAUUUAAAGUAAUCAAUAAGAAGCUAAGCCAACUAGUACCCACCCUUGAAGAACUUCCACUUAUCUGGGACCGUCUUCGGAAUCAGGCCAACAUUUCAAGUCGAGAAUUAAGCUUACUGCAGCAAACACUGGCUAUUAUUGAACGUGAGCACAGCUUGGGAAUACGGCGUUAUGAUCUACAAACCCACUUUCAAAGCCGAUGGCCCCAGGCAAAGAAAUGUGUUCAAAUCCUUGAGAACUAUCAGCUUAUUCUUCGAGUUGGAGUUACUGUUGAGAGGUAUGUGGCCACAAGGUAUUGUCGACCAUGGAUCAUACAUGCGUUUAAGAACCUGCGAGGACGAGUGUCACAGAAUAAUUCAGGUGGUGGGGAUGCUGAUUCACCUGUAAUCUUACUAUCCAGCCCCGAAGAGGAAACAUCCAAAGGUACUCCUCCACCUGAGGAACCUAGUGUCCCUGAUUCUGCUGCUCUUGACUGUGAUGCUGCACUGACUGCUCUUAAACAGUUAGAGGCUGGCUGUAACCCAGGUAGCGCAUCUCUUGACCUCAGCACACCAAUUGUAUUUCAUACCAGCAGCUUUCAACCUGACAUCCCUAAACCGUCCACUAGUUCUUCAGGAUCUACUUGUGAAGCUGAUGCUGGAGAAGACGAUGAUGUCAUUAUGCUGGACCCUCCUCCAGACUUUACUGUCUCCCCAAUGAAGAAACGCAAUAGGAGACGACCCUCAAAGUUGACUCUUAAUGAUGAAGACAUGUCAGGAAAUCCUCCACCAACUAGUACUUAUGAAAAGGUUCGUGCACUCUGCCGACCCUGGAAAAAACCUGAAGGUUUGUUGAAUCGUAACACAUUGAAGAUGAUGCUAGAAUCUUUGAUGUUUUUCAUUAUGUCCCGGCCUGGGGUCUCUGAAGAGACCAUUUUUACUAAGUACAAUCCUAUGUUGCAACCAAUGCCCAUCCGCGAACUGCUGGAACUUCUUGAACAACUUGGUUGCAUUACUAAGACAAUUUUAAGAAAACCAAAGUGGGUGUCUGUGUUUGCAAAGGUGCCUGAGAUUUCAAAAGUCAGUGAGGACCAAGAGGGAGAUGUCAUUGUUUAUGAUGCAACAUUUGAAGGGACAUUGCGUAUGGGCCAGUUCAUUACACAUCUCAUGUCGACAAAAAACCUGACCUAA